AUGCGUCGACAGAAGCUUGCUGCUGCUGCGUACCGGCGGGAGACACGGCUGCAGCAAGUGCCAUCUGCUGCUGCAGUUGCUGCAGCAGCAGCAGCAGCAGCAGCAAGAGCUCACCUAACCCCCCGGCGGCUGCUGGGGGUUCAAAUAGAUUGUCUCCUCAGGCAGCCCCACAAGACAAUGGAGGCGCUGCAGCCAGUGUUAGCUGCAGACACAGCAGCAGCAGCGGCAGCAGCAGCAGCAGCAGAAGGAGCAGCAGCAGCAGCAGGAACGGCAGCAGAAGGAAGAACAGCAGCAGCAGCAGCAGCAGCAACAGCAGCAGCAGCAACAGCAGCAGUGGAAGAACUCGAACACGCCAAUGCAUUGCUGCUCCCGCAGCAGCCACAGCAGCAGCCACAGCAGCAGCAACAGCAGCAGCAGCAGCAGCAGCAACAGAAACAGCAGCAGCGGAAGCAGCUGCAGCAACGCGAGCAGAGAGGAGAAGCAGCAGCAAACGGAAGCACUGCAGCAAGAGAUAGCCAGCACAAAAAAUAA